CCCUGCCAUUUCAUUGCCGCCAUCGCCACCAGAGCAGCCGCCGCCACCGCCACGUCGGCGCCACCGGGCAAAUGGAAAUCGGCACCGACAAUUAUGAGAGUGCGACUUCACCAAAAGGAACAAUUUAUCUAGUCGCCUCCUAACAACGGGAAUUCGAAAACGAUGCCAUUUUCCCGUCUCCAUUCUCUCCAGCUGCGCACAGCGCCGGCGAAGGGAAUGCCGCCAUUAUUAGGUUCAAUCCUUCCAAUUUCUGAAUAAUCACGAUAUUGAUUUCUUCUGCGCAUCGAUUUUGCUGAUUGAGUCUGGAUUAAUGGCCGUGUUUUUGGUGAAAAGCGUUGCUAAAAAUAUCCUAAUUAGAGUAUCUAGGGUUUCUUCAUCAUCUGUUUUGAGCAAUUCAGUAGGAAUUCGGGUGUUAUCGACUCAAAUUUCCCCUGAAGAAACAACUGAUGAGAUCCUGAAUCGAAUACUUGCUGCUGGGGAGGACUCUUCCUCUUCUUCUUCUAGGGAAGAACUUUGUGUAGGUUAUAUUAGGAAGCUGUGUGCAGCUGGAAAUUUCACGGUUGCAGCUAGGAUACCGCGAAUUUUACGCGAUAAGCAUAUUUUUAUUGGCCCUAGUGUGUACAAUUGCAUUCUAGAAGCUGCAGAGGGAAAAAAUGAUAUUGAUAUGCUCUCUCAUGUUUUCAAGGAUCUUCUCGUUUCUUGUGGUUCCGUGGGAUUGGAUUCGUAUCUUGUUGUUGCUAGAGGUUUUCGGAAGCAGAAUAGUCAUGCUAUGUUAUUGGAUUUUGUCAGGGAACUCUGUGAAAUGGAUUUACCGAGGAUGGAUAUAGUUUUGAAUAGAUUUAUAUAUGCGUUGGGUAAAUGUGGGCAUCCUGAUGGUGCCCUGUUAGUAUUUGAAGAUAUGAAGGGUUCGGGAUGUAGACCAGACUUGGUUACAUACAAUACUGUUUUGGCAAUUUUUGGUCGUUUGGGGCGAGUUGAUGACAUGCUGCGUGUAUUUGCUUCUAUGAGAGAAAUUGGUCUUGCUCCAGAUAUUUUCACGUAUAAUACUAUAUUAAACAGCUUGCGCAAGAUGGGAAGGUUAGAUUUGUGCAUCGUGCAUUUCAGGGAAAUGACUGAGAGAGGAAUUCAACCAGAUCUUAUGACUUUCAAAGCUUUGAUCGAGAGCUUAGGUAGAUCAGGGAACAUUGAAGAAGCGCUGAAAAUAUUUGAGCAGAUAAAAUCUAGGCAAAUCCGUCCUUCAAUUCCUAUAUACCGUGCACUGAUAUUUAGUCUAAAGAAGAUGGGAAAGAUGGAGUUGGCAUUAAAAUUCUCGAAUGAGAUGAAUGAUCUCAUCCGAGGUUCUGCUGUUCCAAGAGGAUCCUGAUAUAGAACAAAUGAUUUGAGUCGAGCACUUUUUGGUUAAAUAGAGAUAAAUUCGCUGUCUUGGUUUCCUGCUAAGGCCUCAUCAUUCUGCAUCCACAGAGAACAUCCUCAGGCUGGGCAAAUCAAUGAUGCUUUUAUUUUCUCUGGUUCAGUUUGACCCUGGAGAAUAGUCUGCAGCCGAGCCAAGUUCAUGAAGGGAAAUACUCAGGUGAAAUAUGAAUGGCUUUCUCACGUCUGGCUCUGUUUGUGAUGCAGUUCUUAUGCAAGGGUCUCUGAGAUUAUGGGUUUCAUGGAUUUACAUACACACUUUUCUAGAAAUGCAUUCAAGGACUUCACACCCUGCAAGCUUUACCAGAAACAAUAUAAUGCUGGGAAUUUCUCUGGAUAACACUUGUUGCUUUGAAGAUUAGAUCAAACAAUACCAACGCUAAAUUUUGCAGUCUGCUCAUGUUUAUCAUUUCAAGAUACAUCUCAUAUUGCUUGUUGUAGACUUAGAAUACAGAAAUUAUACAGUAUUUCAGCUUGUGUAGCCUUUGUUGAGUUCAUUUAUCAGAUUGCAUCACUUUUUGUGGAGCUAACCUGUGAAUAUUUGUUUUUGCUUCUUAAUAGAAUUUAUCAUUACUUGCUGAUGAA